CAGUUGGAUGAGCAAUUUGUAAAGAUCCAAUUGCAGCUAUAGGCUUCAAGUCAUCAUGAAUCAGUUCAAGUCAUUAGAAAGGGGUCCAUCUCUUUUCCAGGAACACACACGCGAUGGCAAUGAGUCUAAACCUUCCACUUCCACAGCUCAAUGGUCACAACCAUGCCGUAUAUUCAAAAUGGAAGAAAUUCUUUUAGCAACAGAAAAUUUUAAUGAAUCUUUCGUGAUUGGUGAAGGGGGCUUUGGAAAAGUGUACAAAGGUGAGGUUAUCGUUGGCGCUAGUCAUGUUGCCGCUGCUAUUAAACGGCUAGAUUUGAUGUCAGAUCAAGGAGGAACAGAGUUCUGGGCUGAAGUCGAGAUUCUUUCCAAGUUGCGCCACUCUCAUCUAGUGUCUCUGAUUGGUUAUUGUAACCAUGAAAGAGAAAUGAUCCUUGUAUAUGAGUAUAUGUCGAAUGGAACACUUGAAGCUCAUCUCCAUAAACUCCGCACCCGUCUUUCUUGGAUUGACCGGCUAAAAAUUUGCAUAGGCGCUGCGCGUGGAUUAGACUACCUUCACACGGGUACUGGAAUUGAGUUUGGUGUUAUACACCGAGAUGUCAAGAGCUCAAAUAUUUUGUUACACGAAAGUUGGGCCGCUAAAAUUUCUGAUUUUGGGUUGUCCAAAAUAGGCCCAACGAAUCAACCACGCACUUAUGUCAACACUUGUGUAAAAGGCACUUUUGGGUAUCUUGAUCCAAACUAUUUCGCCACCGGAAAACUGACUAGGAAGUCUGAUGUGUAUGCUUUUGGGGUGAUAUUAUUUGAAGUACUGUGUCAGAAGGGACCGGUGGAUAGGAGCCUUGAAUUUGGUUUAGCUGCAUGGGCAAAAGAGUCGAUCAAAGAAGGUAACUUAAAGAAUAUUGUUGAUUCUGAUAUAAGGAAUGAAAUUUCCCCAAAAUGUUUGAAGGGGUUUGCUAAAAUUGCCGAAAGAUGCUUAGAAUAUCAUCCAAAGCAUCGUCCUACCAUGACUGAGGUUAUAUUCAAUUUAGAAUCCAUACUUCACUCACAGGUGCAAACUCCAGGAAAGUCGUUAUUUACUAGAAAGGUUGAUGUGUUUCACUUCAACUCCACCAGUGAAAAUCCAGCUUUAGGGCAGAGGAUACUUUACCUUGCUGAAGUCAAUCGUGGUUUUGGAUUCUCCGAUAUAUUCAAGGAGCCUUCAAAAUAUGCAUGGUCUGAUAUAUACGAAGGUCAUUUCAUCGUUCCUUAUCACAGAAUCGUUGUGGUAACUAGCAAACGAGUGAUGUUGCUCCUGUGCCUAUCUCCCGAGAAGGGGGAUAAAAGACCAUGUAAGAUCAUAUGGGACGUGCCAUGGGAAGAUCUCAUGGCACUGGAGCAGGCAAAAGCUGGCUCUCCAAAACCUUCUCAUUUAAUCCUUCAUCUCACAAAGUUCAAAAGAGCAGAGAGCUUUGUUCGAGUCAUCAAGUGUAGUACGGAAGAAGAAUCUGAAGGAAGAGAUCCCCAAGCUGUUAGGAUAUGCUUGGCGGUGCGUAAGAUGUGGAAAGCCUAUCAAGCUAGCCUUACAAGCCAGAAUCACAAGUCUAUCGCUUGGAAUGAAACCGACUGGACAGGCUCUGGUAGCCAUAGCAAAUCCCUUUUAAGAUUGGAAGACUCCUUGUCUCCCGGGUCUAUUUCUGACACGGGAAGCUUUUUCAAACACAUCAUCAACUUUACAAAGGUAUGGACCAGUGAACAGGAAUUGAGAGGGCGCCACACAUUCUUAAAAAAGAAAGUUGUAGAAGAUCACGUGAUAUGCAGCAUCUGGCGCCCAAUUUGCCCAGACGGGUAUGUCUCAGUUGGUGAUAUAGCUCAUAGCGGAAUCCAUCCUCCAAUUUCAGCUGCAGUAUAUCAGAACACGGAUAGAUUGUUUGCACUUCCGUUGGGCUAUGAUUUGGUUUGGAGAAACUGUGUUGAUGAUUACACUACUCCCGUUUCAAUUUGGAGACCGCGUCCUCCAAAAGGUUAUGUUUCUGCUGGUUGUGUUGCUAUACCCAGUUUUACGGAGCCAGAACUCUACCUUGCCUACUGCAUAGCGGAAUCAAUUGCCGAGGAAACCACAUCUGAAGAACAACAGAUUUGGGUUGCACCUGAUCACUAUCCCUGGUCAUGUUACAUUUAUAAAAUACGGAGUCCAUCUCAUCAUUUUGUAGGCUUGCGCCAGCCUAGGGAAGAGGCAGCUUGGAAGCCUAUGAGAGUUAUUGAUGGCUUCUCUCGUCCAUCAGUAUCAUUGUUGUCAGAAGCUUCAUCAUCAGCAUCGGAUCAUUGAUCUCCAUCUCACUGAUGUGCAAACAUGUAACAUAUCUCUGGUACAUUUACAGGGUUAUUUUUACUGCUAGAUAUGGCAUAUAUGCAUUAUCACCAAAAUAAAGAAUAAAUAAAUAAACUGUGAUUAUGUUAACAGGAAGAGCAGAUGAGAUGAAUUUUUAAAUCCUGUUCAGAAUUCCAAAUCCUUUUGUUCAUGCUGAUAUACGGUGCGGUAAGGAGUGUGAUCAUAAACAAAGAAAAUCUGACAGCUGGGCUCGUAGUUGGUCAAGUACUAUCAUUCUUCAUAUAAUUGGAGUGCACCAGCUUUUCCUUUCAAAUAACAUAACCAUCUUUUACUGAUGUGUGCCUUGUUGCAAGUUUAGUAUUUAGAAGUGGAAAGGCAAACUUGUGUUGACAGAGAAGAUUGUUGGAACUAAAAGAAAAAACCCCAAAGGUCGUUUUUGGGGAUGUUUUUGUUUUUUUUUGUUUUUGUUUUGUUUUGGCGGGGUUAAUUCGAUAUUUAUCUUUUGUUGGCUUUGCCGUCGUUCAAUAUAUAUUAUGUUUCUUUUGGAUAUGCCAAUUGUCAAUUCUAGUAGUUCUUGUUUGAUUUUGA